CACAUGAUACAUCGAACACUCCUCUGUAUGUUAUAUAUAAAUAUGUAGGCGCGCACGGUCGAUCGCAAUUCAACUCACUCUGAAAACAUGGAUCGUUGGGUCGGUAAGGCUGCAAUCGUGACCGGUGCCAGUGCGGGAAUAGGUGAAAAAAUCGCCGAAGCUCUCGUCAAGGAGGGUUUAUUGGUCAUUGGACUUGGCAGGCGAUUGGAGAACUUGAAAGCACUGGAAAAACGGCUCGAGGGAGCUAAAGGAAAGUUUUAUCGAAAGCAGUGUGAUAUUACCAACACGGAAGAAUUCCAGGGCGUUUUUAAAUGGGUUGAUACAAAAUUGGGAGGUGUCCACGUCCUCGUUAACAACGCUGGUCUUUGGACUCCUAAGCGAUUCAUUGAUGACGAUAUUGAGGGAUUUCGAAAGAUACUCGACCUAAAUGUCAUGGCGUCUGCCGUCGGUGUGAAAGAAACCGUGGCUUCAAUGCAAAGGCGAAACAUAGCGGGUCACAUCAUCAAUAUCAACAGCGUAUUAGGACAUUGGCUCUCUUUUGAGAACCCUAGCAGUCUGUAUUCAACCACAAAAUAUGCAAUUACUGUCAUGACGGAAACGGUAAGACGGGAUCUCGUGGCUGUUGGUAGCAAGAUUAAAAUUACGAGCAUCAGUCCUGGAGUUGUCAAGACGGACAUCGUUCGGGCAGCAGGUCUCCCUGCCUCCGAAGAUUAUUUCACCAAAUGUCCGUGUCUUGAGCCGGAAAAUAUAGCUGCGGGAGUUGUAUACGUAUUGGGGACCCCGGAACAUGUUCAGAUUACGGAAUUGACGAUACGACCGGUCGGCGAAGUAUUGUAAGACAUGGCACGAUGAGUCAACUAUGAGUACAUGUACCCUGCGUUUCAGGUUCGUCACGAAUGGAGAGAAAUUUA